CCAAAUGAUAAGUCCUACAUUACCCAACAAAAAUGUAAACACCUCAGUCCAUUCAGAACCACUUACCCAGGAACUACCACCUAGCAAUUUCCCUCAACUCACCACCAUUACCACCACAACCGCCUCCACAACAACUGCCACAACCACACAACCAACCAGCACAACUCAGUUAACCAGCACCACAGAAACUAGCACUUCUGCAACAACCACAACUACGGCAAAGCCUCCCAGAACUAUAGCACAUACUGUGCCCCCUAAAUUGCCCCCCACCACCCAGCGUGUCAGGACCAGUCCACCCAGAACCACCACCACCACCACUACUCAAAGUUCUCCACUCAGCUGCAACAUAACCAACAAGAUGUGGGUUAAAACAGUUCUGUCCGUCCACAGCCGGAGGAACCGACUGGACAAUAUUUUGAAACAGAACCUUCCGAAAGGCCUGACUUUGGCACUGACGAAGGCUCUGAAUGACAGUGGUGUCCGUGCACAGAUUGAAAGUCUGUCCACGGUGCCCAAUGUGACCGUGGGUUAUUACGUGACCCGUGGCGAUAUGGUCUACACCACGUCCGUCGUAGUGGAAGCUCUGGGCUCCUACGGCAUGGACAGGCUGAUGGCGGAUAUCCGGCAGUUUGUGCCCAUGGUGCAGGCGGUGCCGGUCCCAGCAGCCCCCUGGAGGCCUACUCCUGCUAUUUCACUCAUGCUGAAGACAGUUUUGAGAUUUGUAGGACCGGGAGAUGAUCUGAGGUCCUGCAGGUUUGCUCAGCUGAUGGAGGAGAGACUGGAGAACGCUUUUGCUGAAGCUGAGGCCAAAGUUCUGAACUCCUACAGCACACUCAGCGUGCAGAUCCUGAGCGUAUCUCAGUCGGCCGGUUCUCCAGCAGUGUCUCUGAUAUACGUGGUGCGCAACAGAACCGAGACCCUGAACGGUACCGUUGCCAGUAACCUGCUGAGCCGCCUGACUGCUGAGCUUGUGGGCUACUUCCUGUUUUACCCUCCGCUCAUCACUGCAGAGCCUUUGGAGUACCACAACCUCAACACCUCGGCAUCUACCAAGGAUUUCUGGGUAAUCACGGUGAUUCAGGACGUGGAGAACUCGUCUCUGGAGGGUCAGUACCAGAGCUUCGCCAGUCUGAUGGAGCUGCGCUUGGCAGAGCUCUUUGUGGUAGCACGUCAGCAGGGUGUCCGCUUUAAACGUGCCACCACAGUGGGCAGUUACACUGUUCAGAUGGUUGGCAUGAGGCGAGUGGUAGGCCCAAAAAACCCAGCUGAACUCACCUACUAUGUGCAGUUGAAUGGAAUACCACUCCCUGGUACAACUGCAGCUAAAGUCCUGAACACUGUGGACUCUCAGACCAUGGCUCUGACACUGGGAUAUUUUGUCCAGCUCCAGGCUGAAGCUGUGGUGAAGGGCCCUUCCAACAAUCUCUGGAUCAUCGCCUCUGUUUUGGCUCCUAUCGGCAUUGUCACCAUCAUCAUCAUCAUCAUCACUGCUGUUCUUUGUCACAAAAACAAGAACGACUUUAAAACUGACGGAAUUGGCAACCUGAAUCCACGGGUUAAGACGACUUACCGGAGAGACAUGAGUUAUUAUCACCAGCCUGUUCAGGGUUUCGACUAUGCCAAGCAGCAUUUGGGUCAGCUGGGCGCCGAUGAGGACAGCGCACCCCUUCCUCAGGCGCCGCUGCCGAUCCGGGACGCCUCUCUCUCCAUGGAGAAGGUCAUCCGCCUGGACGGAACCAACUCCAAAAAGACGCUCAGUGGUGAAAUCCGGAAAAGCAGGUUGCCAAGCGAGGACGGUUCUGCGGUCAGCGUCGAAUCGGCGAGGCCCGUCUCAGUACGAGGCUCCACAGCCAAGAAAAUCACGACACAGCAAAAUCUCAUGAAGGAGGAAAGUAAGAAGAGGACCGAUCCGUAUGACACCUCGUCAGGAUCACUUCAGCUCAUCUCUGUAAAACCGAUAGCAGCACCGCCGGCGUACUCGCAACCAGCAUCUUCUGACCGCAGUCAAGAUUCAGCCGUCCUGAACGGCGAGGUGAAUCUGGCUCUGAAGCAGAAGUCAGACAUCGAGCAUUACAGGAACAAGCUAAGGCUGAAAGCCAAGAGGAAAGGAUACUACGACUUCCCGUCAGCCGAGGGCAAAACCAGCUCCAAGGCUACGAGACACGCGAGCGAAAAAGCCGAACGCAUCCCGGCUACCCGACCCCCCAGCAGAACGCCAGAGUACGAGGACGACCGGAGCUCCACGUACGUCAAAUCUCGCAGGAGACACUCUGAGGUAAAAUAUCCCGAGUAUCGGAGCAGACAAUCUUUAAACAGCCCGAGUCCUGGGGGAACCGAGAUGGACCUGCUGGUGAUGAGAGAACGUCCCCGGAAAGGCAUCCGCAACAGCGGCUACGACACGGAGCCUGAACUCAUCGAGGAGACCGAUGUGGAUGGUUUGGCUGCUCGCCGUCAUUACGGCUAUGGGCGGCAGGUCAAAGGUCACUCGGAGACGUCCACACUGAGCUCACAGCCCUCUAUAGAUGAAGUGCGUCAGCAGAUGCAUUUGCUGUUAGAAGAAGCCUUCAGCCUGGCUUCUGUAGGUCAUACCUCAUCCAGCAGAAGGCACCACUACAACCAGCAGCACCAGGCGAUUAGCCCUUACAGCCCCGGGCCUUCUAUUCCCUACACCGAGGGGCCAACUAGUGCACCUGACACCAUGAACCAUGCCCAAGGUGGACUGCAGUGGGUACCAGCCUAUGGCCAUGACCUCUAUCAGUGCAGCCUGGGCAAGCCGACCUUCAGGUUUACUCAGCUGCCAGAGAUGGUCACGGACUCUCCUCCUCCUGUCCCUCCCAGAACAGGCCCAGCGCCCAGGAGCUCACUGCGGAGGUCUUCCUCGGAUCUCGGCCCAAAAGCUCACAGCUCUGAAUCAUCGCUGCCAGACAUGCCGAGUCAGCAGGGCAGCAGAGGGCCACUCCCACCUGUCACCACCGAGCCUGUACCCAACCACUCAGGAAACCCGAUGACUGCUGUGUACGCCAUCCCAGCCAGCAGGCCAGGCUACCCCGGCUACUUCAUCUCCACUCCUCCUUCGUCCUAUCACAGUCCCUCGUGGAUGUCGUAUCCCCCAGAGCCCGAGGACGUGUCCCAAUCGUGGACCGAUUCCGUUCCGUUGCCAGGAUACGCAGAAGCUUUUCCGAACCCGCGUUACCCUCGAGGAAGUCCUUUCCCGUGGAACCCCAGCCAGGCGGUGUCUCCUCCUCAGGUGGAACCCGAUCAGCCGUUCUCUCUGUCUGCCGAACCCGCGGACGUGAUCACCCCCAUCACGCUCUCCACCUCGGCUCUGGUCCAGGCUAUCCGCGACGAGGUCGCCAAGCUGGCCAAAAAGCAAGCGGACAUGUUUGAGUUCCAGGUCUAGAGCUC